CUUUUCCCUGUCGUGCAAGGCAAAUCCCCACCGGUUCCAGUCCGGCCCCUCGCUCCUCCGGGCUCCGGCGAGUUCGUCUCGUUCCCUCCUCGCACUCCCCCUCGAGCACACGGCGGCCCCAGAUGGAGACGGCAUCGGUCGCGAGGGCUCUGGAGCUCUCUGGCCCGCUCCGCGACCUCCUCCCGCCGGUGGACUUCUGCUGCGCGUACGGCUCCACCCUCCUCCACGCCCGCCCCGACGGGACCUCCAUGGUCGACUACAUCCUCGGCGUCAACGACCCGCUCCAAUGGCACUCCGAGAACAUGGAGAGAAACCCUUCACACUACUCUAGUUGGAUGGCGCGCCUCGGCCCCGACGCUGUCACUUGGCUGGCAGAUCGCGUGGGCGUUGGGGUGUACUUUAAUCCGUUUGUUGAGUGGAGAGACAAGAGGAUAAAGUAUGGGGUGGUGGGGAUGAGGGACCUGGCGAUGGAUGUCUUGGGCUGGGACCGGUUCUACCUCAGCGGCCGACUGCAAAAACCUGUUCAUGUUCUUGUCGAUAAUUCAGAUAUAAGGAAGGUUAACACAGUUAAUCUGAAAAUGGCGACUUCAGCUUCUCUGCUUCUCUUGCCAGAAGAGUUCACUGAGUAUGACCUAUACGCUCAAAUAUGCAGCCUAUCUUAUAUGGGUGAUUUAAGAAUGUUAUUUGCAGAAGACAAAGAUAAGGUCAAGAAGAUUGUCGAAGGUAGUUUCCAGCCGUUUCAAUUGAUGUACAGACCCAUGUUACAACAGUAUAUUUCUGAAGGAAUACUGAAGAUAUCAACUCAUGGACAGCGAAAGGCUUUCAAGCAGGACUGUGGUGUAUCUGCAACAAAUGAGCUGUUUUCUUCUCUUCCAUGGACAAUCCAAAGGAAAAUGCAAGGAAGGUUUGCAUCUGACGGCCAAGAAAUACUAACACGCGCUGUGGCUUCUUCAAAAGAUAUGGCAGCAACCUGUGUCCGUAAGUCUCUGAGGCGGCAGGUAAUGGUUUCAAGUGCACGCCAAGCUGUGUCUGGAUUGCUUGCUUCUGGUGGUGUGGUUGCUGCACGAUAUCUGGGGAAAAAAAUAGCAAAGGCUUGGAAUUCUAGAAUCAACACCUGAUGUUUUGACCUUCGUUUAGUUGUUUCUGAAGGCUUGGCCCUUGGUUUGACAGGAUAUGUAUAGAAUUGAAAGAGCGGGUUCAUGGCUUCAAGAAACGCUGGAAACUAGAUACUCCAGAGCAUUCUGAAAAUCUUGUGGAGUUGCUUUGGUGAGUCAAUUUUGUGAAAACCGAAUAGACAUUUCAGGUUGUUUCAUUUUGUGGUAAGCCAGUUACCAGCGAAAAGAUGAGGUAGGUUUAUGGAGUACUUCACUGCAAGUGGGGACAAUUGAGGACAGAAUAGACACUUCAGGUUCUUUCAUUUCGUGAAAACUGACUUGUGAAUGUCAGUUUUAUGUAACCUUGAGCACAGACAUGUGCGGAUCCUUUAGUUACAACAUCAUUUUGUGGGGCUUAUAAACUGACUGAAUUGGCAUUUUGUGAGUGGAUGUAAAGCUUAGAACACUAUGUAGUAAUCUAAGGGAAAUGUUACAGGCAUAUGAUGUUGUUCUGUGAUGUGAUUUUUCUGUGAAUUUUUGUCUAAUUUCUAUCAAAUUAAAUGAA